UAUUAUUUACUUUGUAAAGUUCGGAUCAUGUUCAAUCAUUUUGUUGUGCACAAGCUUUGCCAGCAUGGUGACCCCGAGUGGUGAUGAACAACUAGACGAGGCUCACUGUUUAUGGGCCCUCUGUCAACACCCGUGCUGCUGGGAAACUGAGCAUCGGAUUGCCGAGGGCAAUUACCGCCGCAUAGUCAAAGUGUCCUCAAAGUGUCCAACUUCUGUUGUUGAAGAGAGUUUGCCAUCUCUGACUGUGGUAAAUGUUUCUGAAUGGGCUGGCAAGACGAAGCUAUCUAAAGAAAAACCAUUGUAUAAAGCUGUCAACUCUGAAUCUGGAGCAUCCCUGCACAGAACAUCCUGCCUCCCUGUACCUCAACAAAAAGAUAUUUCACCAAGGAUUAAAAUCACAAAUCCAUCUUUCCCACCAAUCAGCUCCUCAGUCUCUUCAUUUAAAUACAAUGGCAUCAAUAAAAAAGUUGCAAAAUUACACAAAGCUCAGAUCAGCCCUCCGAUUGGCUCCAAGUCACCAUGGGGACUAGGCUCUGUGGUCCUCUGGAUCCCCAACCCUAACUGUAUUCCUGAGCCUUGUGCCCCAAAAAGUUCAGAGUCUUCACAAUAUUCUGUAAAGGAUUUAACCUGCCUUCCAGCCUUCCCAAUACAAACAACAGUGAAAUGCAAGACUCAAGGAAGAAAGAACAAAAUGUGGUUUAAGCAUACCUGUUCGUCUAGGACUGUUCACUCCAGGGGACAGAAGGAGUCGAAGGGAUCAGUCUCGCCAAGUCGGAGCACUGCUCCUUCCAUUGAGCCAGACAGAGCCAAUGAAGAAAGAGUUGCUACCAUGGGUGAACCUGAACUCCAGACAGAGAGCAGUUUAUUUUUGCUAACGAAGAAACACAUUAUCUUGCACAACAUCCAGGAAAGGGGGGGCAGAAGGGUGAACAAGGACACAGCAACUCCUGCCUUCAAACUGGACAGCAGGACAGGUGGGGAGAGCAUUGACUGGGACAGUCUGAGGAGGCAGGUAUACCUGUGGAGGAAGCAUCAUGUCUCUCAUCAUAAAGAGUUCAGGGACAGACACAGUCCACCAAGAGGUGCCAGUGUACCUCAGGAGAAUGCUGCCCCAUGCUCUGCUCAUAAAAUGAGUCCAACUAAGACACCCUGCAGUAUUCUGUGUUCAGGUGUAAGGUCAGUGGUCCCAGUUGCUUACACCUCCAUAGAGAAGUCUAAUCCCAGUCCUAACUCUAAUCUGGCCUCGACAAUCAUUAGUGGAGCGGUCAAACCCUGGACCGGGAGCAGUACCACACAAUGUCUAUGUAUUUCCUCAACAUCCCUCAGAUAGCCACAAACACAAAAUGACAUUAUUUUCAAAAGGAGUUUCACCACAAAGCAAGCUCUACACAGAUCCAGAAAAUCCAGUGGCCCACACAGAGCCCUGACCUCAGCCCCACUGAACAGCUUCGGAAUGAACUGGAACAUUGAUUGAGGCUUUCUUGACCAACAUCAGUGCCCAGCCAUAUAAAUGCUCUUUUAACUGGACAGGCACACAUUCCCACAGACAUACUUCAAAGUCUUGAGAGAAGCCUUCUUAGGAGAGUGAACUAACAUGUACUUACAUGUUAUAGCUGAAAAGAUCACAUAAAGGUUGCUCGAUUUUAAUACCAUUUGUUUUUUAAAUAGAAUGUCCAACAAGCUUAUUGUCAGUGUCCAAAUACUUUCAGCCAUAGUGUAUUUUAGAACAACCUAUUAUGUUAGUAGUUAAUCAUUCUGUUUUAACCAACUUAUGAGGUAAAGUGUGUUGGAAUUUGGUAGCUGUGAAAAACCACAAGCAAUUAAGUACAUAGUUAUUUUUAUUGGCAGCGAAUUGUAGUCCGAGAACAUAUGGGAGAAUAUCCAGUCCACUCAUAAAAUUUGACUUUGUAGGUCUACAGUUACUCUGCCCACCCUCUUUCUAUCAGUGAAAAUGGACCACCACUAAUGAGAUAUUUUUUGGAUGGUGGAUCAUUCCCAGUACAGCAGUGAUGUUGACAUGGUACUGACAUGGUAGUGGUUCUGAUUAAUGCCAGAUGCACUGAGGAUUGUUAAGGCCAGGUGUAUUGAGCUGCCCUAUGACGCUGGAUGACAGCCGAUGUCCUGAACACGCACAGCAAGUGCAUUUCCAUUUCCUCCACAGCUAUCAUCAUGGUAACACACUCGUACACAAAAAUCCACAGCUGCACUGUCCAGCCUAGGUCACUUCUCACACCCGGCCCCUGUCCCAAUGCCAGAGAACCUGCAGUCCCACCAUAGACACAACUUACACACACACACACAAAUUUUAGGCUUUUUCCAAGUACAUAGCUUGAGAGAAUUAUGUGUGUUUGAGAGAAAGCAGGGCUUUCUCUGUGAGAAGACAUUUCCACAACCGAUGCCCAAAACUACACAAACUGCUUCAUGUGGUCGGGGUUUUCACCUCUACCUGUCCCAUCCUGGCAACAACAACAAGGUCUUCUUUCCACCAUAGGAAACACCACUGCAUUGACAACCCGGAGAGUCCAAACAAGGGAACAAAAGAAGAACUUGCUUAGAACCGAUGUAACAAAUUAGGAAGUUUUGUAACAUAAAAUUAAUAAAAGUUGACAGUU